AUGUUACUUGUUGAGAUUAUAUAAACAGUGCUUCUGCAUGCCUGAUAAACAGGCACAGAGAAACGUAAUUCUAUUGGGACGGUUACGAUUGAGAAUCUGUGUGUCCGUGUGGGCGUGCGCGCAAUCGUACUCGUGUGCAUAUGUGUGUCGAGCACUAGUUAGUUUGCAUGUAGCUGCAUUGUUUUCUUGUUUGUUUGCUCUUUCUCUUGAAAAGCAAUUGCUUUUAUCCCUCCUGGUGCACCAGUUGUUUUUUGCGUAACCCGUAUACCCCUAUUUUAGUUCUCUUGAUUUUGCUAUUAUUGCUGUUUUUCUGCUUUGCUGUUCCCUUUUUGCGUGUUUUUAUUAAGUUCUAGAGUGCCAGUCUGCGAAUCGCAGAUUAGCUGUUUGUGCCAUUGUCCCAGGCUCGUGUCGUUUUGUGGGUUUGUCGCUACAAGUAUGUUGAGAUUACUGGUGGUCGUGGUGGGACAUCGCGGCACGGUGGUGUCUCGAGCGGUUAUUAAGAUGGGAUAACUACCGAACUCGAUUCUGAUUGGUUUUCGGCACUUGCAGGCAUCCCGUAAAUACGCAUGAGUGACGUCGCUAAGUUAGGCGUGGUUCGCUUAACUUUGAAAGCAGCUGGUGCAGUGCACCACCACUAUUUCUUGCACCCACCAACGGGCGUUAAGCUAGUGGGUGUCUCCACCACAUUUUUUAACUAGGUCGAACGCUUCAAACACACACCCACACACGCAGCUUCACUGAACACGCAAUCUUCCCCACACGGACUCGCUACACUUAAAUCGUGCGCACGUACAUACACUUCCACGCCUACCGUUGUUUAAGUGCACGUGCAUUUUCGUCCCUGCGCUUUACCCGUCUUCUUUCGUUGAAAUCUCUUCCUUUUUUGGCCCAACUCCGUCUUCGCAAACGCACACACACACAUACACGUCCCCUGUAGUCCGUCCGGUUCCUCACACCCGCCGUACUUUUCAUUUAUUUCACGUACAUCAUAUCCAAUUUUGAUAUGGGACAGACACUCUCCGAACCCGUUACCGAGAAGCACAGCGAUGCUGGAGGAGAUGCCAGACUCAUUUACGGCCUGUCAAAUAUGCAGGGAUGGAGAAUAUCCAUGGAGGAUUCUCAUUGCGCCAUUGUCGAUAUGGUGCCCGAGUCCAAUGAGCACAACAUAAGCUUUUUUGGCGUUUACGAUGGACACGGUGGAGACCGGGUGGCCAAGUACUGCAGGCAGCACAUGGCAGAUAUCAUAAAGCAACAGAAAUCGUUUUGGAAGGGUGGUUUUGAAGAAGCCCUAAAGUCAGGCUUCUUAGCUGUCGACGAGGCCAUUCUUCGAGACCGAGACAUGCAAGAUGACCCCUCUGGAUGCACGGCCACUGUAGCCAUGAUCGUCGACAACCUAAUUUACUGUGCUAAUGCUGGCGAUUCCCGUACCGUCAUCGGCAGUAGGGGUAUCGCACAUCCCAUGUCUUUUGAUCACAAACCCAAUGCUGAUGCAGAAAAGGCCCGCAUUGCUGCUGCCGGUGGUUUUGUUGAUUUUGGUCGGGUCAAUGGCAGUCUAGCACUUUCGCGUGCUAUUGGAGACUUUGAGUACAAGAAAAACGCCGAUCUACCUCCUGAAAAACAAAUUGUCACCGCGUUCCCGGAUGUUACUACACGCUUGAUUAGCGAGGACGAUGAAUUUCUCGUUCUGGCUUGCGACGGCAUAUGGGAUUGCAAGUCAUCGCAGCAGGUGGUUGAGUUUGUCCGUCGAGGCAUUGCCUCUCAUCAACCACUUGCUACUAUUGCUGGCAACCUUAUGGACCGUUGCAUCGCUAGCAAUAGCGAGUCUUGUGGUAUCGGUUGUGAUAACAUGACCGUUUGCAUCGUUGGUAUUCUUAACGGUAUGACCGUGGAUCAGUGGUACGACACCGUUGCCAGACGUGUCGCGGCAAAUGACGGUCCAUGUGCUCCUCCUUCUUAUGCCGAGCUUCGCGGGCCUAACACAAUCGCAGACGCUCGGAAUCUAGAGUUGGAGUAUGACCAUUUUGCCAAUCAUGAGUAUGGUAGUGGUGACACAUACGAGGACUCCUCUGAUGAAGAGACGCGGACUAUUACCCAGAGCUAUUAUCCUCACUGAUAAGUGCGUUUCACUGAACUCGUGCAUGUGUACGAAUGUUGUUUGCAGUAUGCCCGCGCAGGUAGGCUGUUUCGGUUCCUUGCUAUUCUCCUCACGCUCUUGCUCCCUCUAUAACUUUCGGCUGCCAACUUCGUACACAUUGUAUAAUUGCAUGGAGGGUUUUAUAUGCGCACUUUGAGCACCCAUGCUCAUAAUCUCCCGUUGUCCUUUUAUCUCUACCUCUCUUUUUUACGCACAUCCACACAUACGCACGCACAUCCAUAUUUUUUCUUCUCUCGCUUUCUCUCACUUCACACACUCUCUAUCUUGUUUCUCCUUCUCCGAAACCGUACCGCUCCGAUUUCCUUAUUUUUCCUUUAUACUUAUUCCCAUUCGAUCGCCAAAGCGUUCGUGUCAGAGUCGAUGUUUUGGCACCCGUAAAAUGUUGCUCAUUAAAUUUCACUUACCAUAUCGCUUUGCGUCGACGUUUCACGUGGUGACGAGCAGUCUUUCGGACUAUUGUUAUUAAUCCGCCAUUCACUAUGCUUUACAAAUAUUCUGUAAGGUCUUAUUAAAAAAAGUUUCAAUUUUCUUCUUCCCUAUUUGUCCCAUCUCCAUUUGUCUAUCAUACCUGUUGUUACUGCUCUGACGGGUGUAGUUUGUACUAAUGCUUUUGUUUUUGUGUACUUCUUGCUAUGCUAGACGGACAGCCAACAACAACCAACGAUUUUAGAAAUCGGAA